CUUAAAUAAUUUGCCGGUAGCUUUGCAAGCAAGGAAACUGCAUCUCAGCGGAGCGGUACAACAAGGCUGUCGGGACCGAGCGAAUAUCUUGGUGAUCGGUGAACAGACAGAGAAAAAACAGCGAGACAGGCGGACAACAGCGACGACAAGGAAAGACGUCGCGUCUGGAGAAGCUGAGGUAGAUUUUAUUCUGGGCCUAGAUUUACACCGAGUUCCAAAAGAUCAUUAAAGAUGGAUUUGAAAUUAUUCCUGCUAGUUGGACUCUGUUGUUUGGUGCGCGCACAGUCGGACAUGAGAGAUAAAGCGAUGCAAGCCUUCGAGUCCGGACAGUUCCGUCGGCAUCUUCCCCGCUUCGGACGGAAUUUCAACAUGCCGCCAGAGGGCGUGGUCGAGGCGGAGCCCGACAAACAGCUGAACGAGAUCCUCAACACGGUACCCGCAGACGCCGACGAGCUCUUGGAGCCGGGCAUGACUGCCGGCAACAAAUGGCACCUACCCCUCGACAAGCAACUACUCAAGUACUUCUGGUCGCGGAAGUCGCGUAGCACCUAGGUCCCCUGCUUUGCUCAACCAAAGUCCCCCCUCACUACCUUUUAGAUUCAAAAGAGCACCACCACCCAACCAAAGAUUUACGACUUGAAUAUAUUUUCCAAACUUUCCUUUUUAAGCGUAGUUAGCCUGGAUUUCGAAUUGUCUGGAAGGGAACUUCGAAAAGUAGGUCGCACAGUUGCAAUGACAUUUCCAGUGCGUAACUCUGAAACGUGUCAACUCCGAAAAGAGUUAUCCUAGUCGCUCUCCGAUCGAAGAGUGUGCUGACAGAAUUUCUAAACUUGUGCUUGCAUGUCAAGACAGGUGCGAACAAAACGGGGGAAAAGUUCAAGUUUACCGAAUGGUUGACAAUGUGGAAUUAGUGUCGUUUUAAGUCCCAAAUCGUGCAUUUUCGUGCAAUUCUCUUCUUCAGUAUCUGCGGUUCCGGAAAAAAAACCACCCAAAUUUGUGUCAAAUGGCUCGUUGGUUGAACGUGUUUUUUAUGCGGGCAAAUUUCUGUUAAGAGGAUUUGUGUGCCCUCUGGUGGACCAGGUUGGCUUGGCCAGGCCGGGGAUGAAUAAUGAACAUGAAAUCUGCACGUGGCCUUUUGCAAAGUCACAUCCUUCCUCUUGGGUAGAUAAUAUCUCAGUUCUGGGGACGAGCCGAGAGACUACCAUCCUAGAGGAGGGUUUGACUUUUCAAACUCAAGUUUGAAAAUCUCAUAUUCACCCCAAGAAAACACAUUGUUUCUUGUCAUCUACUGGACGUGUACUUCCUGACAACUGGCAGUUUUAAUGGGCUCAAAAUUAUCGAAGGAGACAGAAUAUUUUUUAAAACGUUCCCACAUGGUUUGUUUGACACCAAAUUAUUUUACUUAUGGAUUCUAGGUGUGACGUGUUUUUUUUUAAAGUACGCACCAAAGGAUUUUUCCCACAACUGUCGACUGGUUGAUGUGACUAAUUAAUCACUGUGUAUUCGUUUUUUCGGUUCAUAAUCUGUGUCAUGAAGUGAAAGUGGGAAAAUAUUGGAAAACAGCCGUCGACUUGGAUGCUCUCCGCGAAUCAUUGAAGGGAGAGCUUCGAAAUUUUAACAUCAACGUUUUUGUGCUUCGUGUUUGCCAGCCCGACACCUAAGUUUUUGACUGAUAUGUCUGCUUGCUUUACGGUCGUUCUGUCGUUAUACGAGAUCCAGUUUAUGCUUUUCACAAAAGUGAGCGAAACAAGAACUUGAUAACCCUCGCAUUACGAUCAGUAUAAUGUCGUAUAAACUUCAACGUUAGAGCGUCAGAUUUUGUAGCAAUGCCCCAUUUUCCGUUUUCAAUGCCAUUAUUAUACACCUUAGAUUCGAAGCACUGUUGUCGAGUUUUGUUUGCACUUAAAUGCUUGGAAUCAUUGGAAGAAUAUGCCCAAUCUUAUCACCGUUAAUGCCUGUACAUAAUUAUGGACUAGAAAUGCUAUUUGAUGCGUUAUGUUAUGGCAGAAAUCACAGCGACAUUUAAUAACAAAUUAGGAAUUCGUUUAUAUGAAAUAAACUGUAUAUGUUCACAUAAAAUCUGAAGCAAA